UUUUUAUUACAAAUAAAAAUGCUGCGAAGUUGUUGUAGUAAUGCUCACACAUCUCGUUCCCAGAUCCCUAUAGUAUAUGUUCAUCAAUAACAGCCUUACAAUUCCCAUUCCUCCAUUUCUUCAAUUGAUUUUUGGUCAAAUUUUCCUCAUUUGGGUCAUUGGGUGUCUCAAAUUUGGAAUCUUUGGCUAAAAUAUUUCUCUUUUUUUUUUUCAGACUAAGAGAUUCAAUUUUUUUUUUUGCUAUUUAUUUCUUCAUCACCUGUGUGAUUCAGGUGGUUGGGUGGUAAGAUCUGUUAAAUUAUUUGGUUGUGUCUGUUCAAUGGGCGCAUUAGAUGAGGGGCACUAUCAUGCAGAAAUAGAGAAUGAAGUGAAUCUUGAACUUGGCUUUGAGGGUCAACCUGAAACAGUGGCAAUAAAGGAUGCUGUAAGAGUCCUUUUGCAGGGUUUGGGUGAAGAUAUCAAUAGGGAAGGCAUCAAGAAAACUCCUUUUCGUGUUGCUAAAGCUCUUCGUGAAGGAACUAGAGGUUACAAACAAAAAGUGAAUGACAUCGUUCAUGGCGCUUUAUUCCCUGAAGCUGGAUUGGAAGCUGGAAGUGGUCAGGCUGGAGGAGUUGGUGGGCUCGUGAUUGUUCGAGAUCUUGAUCUCUUCUCAUACUGUGAGUCUUGCUUGCUUCCGUUCCAGGUUAAGUGUCAUGUAGGUUAUGUUCCAUCUGGAAAAAGGGUAGUAGGACUAAGCAAGCUCUCCCGGGUUGCUGAUAUUUUUGCAAAACGGCUCCAAAGUCCACAACGCCUCGCUGAUGAAGUUUGCACUGCUUUGCAGCACGGAAUCAAGCCGACAGGUGUCGCUGUGGUUCUACAGUGUAUGCAUAUUCAUUUGCCAAAUUUUGAAUCAGCAUUUCUCGACUCGACUUCCCAAGGAUGGGUAAAGAUAGUAGCUACCUCGGGUUCCGGUGUUUUUGAGGACCGGGACGCUGAUGUUUGGACUGAUUUUUUGAGUCUUCUGAAAUUCCGAGGUAUAAGCAUAGACAAUGCAUGUCCUAGGACCUCCGACCAAACAUGGUGCCCUUCUCAAAUUUCUGGCAGGUCGGGACAAGCAAAUUCAGCUAUGGCAAAUGCAGUGCUUUCGAUACUUAAGUCUCUGGGCGAAGAUCCAUUGAGAGAAGAGCUUGUAGGAACCCCUUCACGCUUCGUGAAAUGGUUCAUGAAUUUUAGAAACUCUAAUUUGGAGAUGAAACUGAAUGGCUUUGUUCGAAAUAGAAUAGAUACUCGUAGUCCUUCUGAUCAGGUUGGUAAUUUUAAUAUCUGCUCCGAGCUGAAUUUGUCAUUCUGGUCCCAGUGCGAACAUCAUCUACUUCCUUUUCAAGGCGUUGUGCACAUUGGUUAUCACUCUUUGGAUGGAGUGAACCCUGUUGGAAGACCGCUAGUGCAAUCAGUAGUACAUUUUUAUGGCUUUAAACUCCAAGUACAGGAGAGGCUUACCAGGCAGAUAGCCGAAACUGUUUCAUCGUUCUUAGGCGAAGACAUAAUGGUGGUUGUGGAAGCAAAUCACACCUGUAUGAUAUCUAGAGGAAUCGAGAAGUUUGGAAGCAACACAGCCACAUUUGCUGUGUUGGGUCGAUUUUCCACAGACCCCGCUGCAAGAGCAAAAUUUUUGCAGAGCCUCCCAGACUCUUGUUCUGCAGGAAAAUGAGGCUUUUUUCAAGGAAAUAUACAGGUUGUAGCUACUUCAAGUGACUCUAAACUGGAGGAAUUGAGAAGCAUAUUCGCUCUGAAUUGGAGAUCAUAGGUCAUUUGCUCGGAGCGCAAGGUCCUCUUUUUUACUUCUAAAGCAUAGUGAUAAAUGAGGUGAUGAAAUUUUAUCCAUUUUUUUUUUCCAUCCUUAUAUUCUGUAGCAUGAGCAAGCGUCCAUACCAGCAAUCUUUUGAAGUUGCCCUUGAUUUAUUUUUUUUACCCUAAUGCAGUUGCCAUUGAUUUGAAGUGUCAUACUUGGCACAUUUGUGCCAUAUAGCAUAUACAUGGUGUUUUCCAACUUUUUCUGCGAUAUUAACGUUAUUGAAGUCCUGAUUGAAUUCA